ACUACCCGCCACACAGGUACUCAGUAUUCUCCCUCGACAUGCUCCCUCUCCGCUCCCCUUAUCCUUUUCCUCAUCCGUCUCUCUCUCUAGCAUGCUGUCAUCCUCCGCGUUCCAAGAAGAGGAGGACGAGGACGACGACGUCUGAUAAGCCAUAAAGCAAUUGGGAUUCAGGAGCAGGUGCGAAGACCAGGCACCAAAUGGCAUUCUUGUUGCCGCAGCUUAAGUGCCCGGUUGCAUCUUUAGACGCCCGGUUGAGAUCCCCUCACUACACUCUCCACUUGAAUGCUAGGGUCCUUGUUCAUUUCAAGACACACUGUUCUUCAUCACAGAUAAUGACAGUGAUUGAGAAGCUGCAUAUACCAACCUUGGAAGGUCAUUUCAAGCCAUUAGGAUCUACAAAACCCUUGACGUAUAUUGGGGUUGUUGGUCCACCUGGAAAGAGGAAAGGGGAAGAAACCUUACCAAAAGAAGCAUUUCUAACAAGUGACGAGGCAGUAAUAGCUGCAGCUGCUGCGGAGGCAGUUGCUAUUGCAAAAGCAGCAGUUGAAGUUGCCAAAGAAGCAGCUCAGUUGCUGGAAAGUGACCUAUGUUUGAAAUUAGACAAAUCAAAUGAUUCUGCAUCUGGAGAUGAAAAAUUUAGAUAUGAGGUAAUUAAAUUAUCUGACAUAGAGCAAACCAGGCACAAUCAUUCUGCCACAACAGUAACCGAACCCCUUGAAGGGCAUAUCACAAAGAAUUUAUCUCAGGAUACGAGCAUUUCUGAUUUCAUGAGAAAUGAGCUUGAUCUCAUGCAAAACAUAGCUGUGCGAUCUAAGCGUCAAGUAGAAAGAAGGGCCAGAAGAGCUAGGCUGACUGAAACGGCUAUUGCUCCUUUUGCUUCUGUUAAGUCAGGAUCAUCUGGAAAGAAAAAGCGUGCUGCAUUGCAGGAGGUUGAUUAUUCUGAUCCUUUACAUUACCUUAGAAAUACAACAAGCUCAGCAAAGCUUCUCACAUCUGCUGAAGAGCAAGAGUUUUCAGAAGGAAUUCAGGACCUACUAAAGCUUGAGAGAAUCCAAGAGGAGCUUGUAGAAAGAUUUGGCAGACAACCAACUUCUGCAGAAUGGGCUGUAGCAGCUGGACUUGAUACAAAGACCCUGAGGCAGCGACUAAACUAUGGAACUCAUUGCAAGGACAAGAUGAUCAAAAGUAACAUAAGACUCGUUAUUUCAAUUGCAAAAAAUUUUCAAGGUGCAGGGAUGAGCAUCCAGGAUCUUGUUCAGGAGGGAUGUCGAGGCCUAUUAAGGGGUGCUGAGAAGUUUGAUGCUUCAAAAGGAUUUAAAUUUUCUACAUAUGCACAUUGGUGGAUCAAACAAUCUGUUCGAAAAUCUCUUUCUGAUCAAUCUAGAACAAUACGCUUACCAUUCCAUAUGGUGGAGGCAAGUUAUCGAGUUAGAGAAGCAAGAAAGCAGCUCUAUAUUGAGAAUGGAAAGCAUCCUGACAAUGAGAAAGUAGCAGAGGCAGCUGGGCUGACCAUGAAGAGGUUUACAGCGGUUAUGCUAGCCCCUAAAGCCCCCAUCUCUUUGGAUCAGAAAAUCGGAAUAAACGAAUCUUUAAAACCUUCGGAAAUAGUGUCAGAUCCAGAAGCAUUAACUCCAGAGGAGAUACUUGUUAAGCAAUUCAUGAAGGAGGAUCUGAACAAAACUCUUGAUUGCUUGAACCAGAGGGAACAGAAGGUGGUUCGAUGGAGGUUCGGAAUGGAGGAUGGAAGGAUGAAGACCCUACAGGAAAUUGGAGAGCUAAUGGGUGUUAGCAGAGAGAGAAUCAGGCAGAUUGAAUCCUGCGCCUUCAGGAAACUGAAGACCAAGAAGAGAACUAAGAAUUUACGACAAUAUAUGUACUUGUGAGUUGUUUUCAAUUCAUAAUUAUUUUUAGUUCACCCUCCUGUAUUCUUUUUUCGUCCAGCAUUCCCAUCACAUUUUUAGCUGCAAUAUCUUGAGACUCAUAGAUCAUGAAACUCCCAAUGAAACCGGCAUUUUAGAGCGAUUUAUAUUUCAUAAAUAUCUGGAAAGAUGCCAGAUUUUUUUGUGAGGAAA